AUGUCCAAUACGACAUCAACAAAGUCGACUCCGGAUCCUUGGAAUAAUAUCAAAUAUAUAAUUUUGCAAACAUGUCUUAUUCCAUCGAUCAUCUGUUCUCUUUAUACAUUGGUACGAUUAUUAUUCGAUCGUAAUCUUCGUACGGCAGUUCAUAAUCACACAUGUUUACUCUUGUUGAUUAUAUCAAUUCUGGAUGCAUUCUUCAAUCAUCCUUUGACGUUAAAUUAUCUGCGUACGAAUCAUGUUACACCAUCGACUGACGCUACAUGUCUCGUGUGGAAUUUUUUCAACUCCAUGUUCGUAGUUUCUACUUACUGGACAAUGGCCUGGGGUACUAUUGAAAAACAUAUCCUCAUUUUUGCACCAACAUUACUCGUUACACAACGAAAACGAUUUCUAUUUCAUUAUUUUCCUCUCUUUCUCACAACUUUCGCUUAUCCAGUAAUUGCAGCUAUGAUAUUUAUUCUAUUUUAUCCUUGUCAAAAUAAGUUCAACAUGUUAUCCCUGUACUGCGGAUUUCCAUGCUCGUUGUCUAUUCGAUCGGUGGCAUUGUACACACGAUUUGCACACAAUUUUAUUCCAGCUUUUACUGUAGUGAGCGCAACAGCAAUUCUGAUUAUGCGUGUGAUUAAACAUAAACAACAUAUACGAACGAAUCGAUUCACUUGGCGACGAUAUCGUCGGAUGUUUAGUCAAUCUUUAAGUUUAUCAAGUUUUUUUCUUGUCUUGACUUUGCCAGCAACGACGGUUAGUAUCGUGCAAAAUUGCUGUCAGGCAACAUUUGCAGCUGAUUUACAAGUAUCCGUUUUCAAUUUUCUCCUUCGAUUCCUUACCAUAUUCAUGCCGUUUAUUUGUCUCAGCUCACUGCCAGAAAUUCGACCAAAGAUGCGAUUAUUUAACAAUACUCGCAUUCGAGCGAUUAUAACACAAAGACAACAAAAUUAA